UUUCAUACGAACAUUCUCGCAACUCCAUAUCAAUUUACAAAAAAUGCAGCGCAUAUAUUCCACAAACAUACUCAAGCAUGCUGCCACACCCGAUGAAAUACAACGCGAGGAAAAACACACCAUUUGUCCACCAAUCUCCGUGGAACAACCGACCGAAUUCCCAGAGGUAAUUAUUACAACCGAAUUCUUAGAGGCCAGUCAUUACCACACCGAGACCGCACAAAAAUGGCUUGUCUUGCCGGGGAAAAAUGGUCGCCAACACAAAUUCCCACUACAAACCAUUUUGCCGAAGGUACAAAUGAUGCGCACUGUGCCGCCCAAACAUUUACCGCGCGAUGUUGAAAUCGACCGUCGACGACGACAGAAUAGCAAAUUAAGUUUGCUACAAAUGCUGCAGGAAGCCGGCAUAGCAAACGAGGAUCUCAUGCCCACCGAAGCGCUCUAUUACAUGCUCUCCGAUAAUGUAUUCAAGCAUUUUCUACCCUUGAGCUUCUUCGACGACUCAGAUUACGAUACCAAUUCACCGGAUGCGUGGUUCGCUUUGGGCAGAGUAGAAGGUGAAUUGUAUCCGUUGCCAGCAAAGGCAUUUCUACCUUACGCUGGUCUUUUCGAUUAUCGCUGGCAAUACGCAGCAGUGAGCGCCUAUAAUGCAGACACAUGCAAAUGGACUGUCUUCGGUCUGAACGACGAGUGUGCAUACGAAGUACCAACCAUACAAAUUAUGUUUCUCGCAGACAAUCCUCGAAUUUUCGUACAGCGUUUGAGAAAAGCACUAAAUGAACGCAGCACUGCCGAACGGUUAAUCAAAAUGGAGUCGAUCGUUGAUUGUGUGCUGCUGCAAGAUAUUGAAGAUCAACGCUUCAUGCCGAAUAAACGUAUCGAUAAUCUAUUGAACAAGAUGAUUGGGCAGGCCGAUGAAAAAUUCCAAUAUCAAUUGCGUACCGAAGUUUAUCUCGUCUUCGAACAUUUAAUGGCUUGUUAUGAAUUUGAAAAGUUCGUUAAGCUAAUGCCCAAGGAAUUCCCGGCUUUUGGCGACAAUCUCAUAGCGAAAUCAUUGCCACGCGCCUUCAAAUCACUAACGAAUAUCAAUGAGGCCAGGAGCGUGAAGAAUUUGCGCGUGAAUAUACCAAAAUUACGGUAUUAUCUGCUACGUUCCACGAUAUUCUAUAUUGGCGCGGGGGUUGAGGCAAUGGGUAACGUAGCUGGGCAGUGUCAAUAUAUAGAGACAUUAUCCAUGUUUCUAACCGGUUUCGUUAAACCGGUAGCGCUGAAUGAUUUCCUACAAUCACAGCAAUCGAAUAGUAAUAAUGUCGCUACAUAUUUGAAGAAUUUUUGGCCACAAAAAAUCUCCUCCGGCAUAACGUUGGUACUGCGUGCGCUCGGCAAAGGUUGGCUGGACAUCGGCCUGGAUAAAUGGAGUGUCUAUCAGAUGUGCAAGAUAUCACGUUUCAUACUGCAAACGCGUUUUCGCAUGCAAGAAUCCAUACAGGUGCUGCUAGAGAGAUCCAUAGAAACCUUUAGCACAUACUUAACGGAACCGUGCUUGCAAUUCUUGCCGCUAAAACCGGACUUUAUAUGGACGAAUAAUUAUAUAGAAACCGAAUUUGCGUGUGAAAAACCAAUUUUCUAUUUGAUUAUCAGCGUUUCCGAAACCAGAAGAGUGAUUUACUCCACCACGCCGGAAGACUUUUCACCGCUGCUAACCGAUAUCUUCAAAAAGGCGUUGGAAAAGACAAGCGGUGUGCGUUGUAUCGAGGCGGAGACGCUGCUAAAUCUGAAAUUCGCGCCGAACUUGUACAUUGAGACGGUUGAGUUAAUCGAGGAAUUAUUCAUAGAACGUAAUGACUUAUUGGGGCGUUGUUAUAAUCAAGCCGUCUUACCGUUAAACUCCUAUGCACGUCUCUAUGAACGCUUUGUCGACUUUUAUCUUUUGAGCGUGCCCGAUUUCAUGAGAGAGUACGAGUCUGUGAAACGUUCCUCGUCUGAGGUCAAACACGAUAUAUUGGAACAUAAACGUCAGAAGCAGGAAUUACGCGAUAUAUUGCCAGCGCACAUAACGAUCGGUCCCUUUCUAAUCAAUGUUGAUAUAAUGAAACAGUUAAUGAUUAAGAAACACAUUGAGAUCGUACGUAAGCUUUUUGAAUACUAUGUGCAACGCAUGUGGGACAUCAAUGAAGGGUUGCUGGAAGAAUGCUUAAAUAUUUAUCAGAAAAUCAGCGAUCGCCCACAGAGUAUUGAGCAUUUGUAUGAGAUACGUGAUUUCGCUGCCACAGUACCUGAUGUAGUCGAGCAGCUGCGUGCGGAUAUACAGAUUAUGUGGUUGGAAUAUGAAAUGCUGGACAGUUUCUUCUAUAAUCUCAGUGAUACACAAUUCGCUAUGAAAUGGGAGGUUUACGCUUGGCCACAUAACAUCAUGCAACGUUUGAGCACCUUACGUGAGGAGCAGAAGAAUGAUAUUGAGGAAUUUAGGCGUGUACAUUCUAGUGAAUGUAUUAGUUUCGAGGAACGUCUGGAAUCGCUGAACGAGGAGAUACAAACAUUUUCGCUAAUAUUUGAUCCGAAUAAAGUGACCGAAACUGCUGUGGAGGUCAAAAAGACUUGGAAACAAAUACAAGAUUUGGAAAAACUUGGUAAAACUCUGCAAUUCCGUCAAAGACUAUUCGAUCUAGAAGAGCUCUCGCUAGAAUUUCUAGAAAGUAUCAUCAGCGGAUUUACACCAUAUCGUCAAUUAUGGUUGACAUGUUUGGAUUUCUUAAAACUCGAAGAAGCAACCGUCGGUAAUCCGCUAAUCAAUAUUGAUUUGGAAGAAGUUUGGAAUUCACUAGAAGAAAUACGUAAAUCCUUGAAGGAUACUCAUGCGAUUUUCACCGAGAAACCGGAAAUUCAAGAGGUGGCAAAUUUUUAUCUAGCUAAAUGUGAUGAGUUCGUGCCAGUGUGGCAGUGCAUCGAUUGGUUGAAAAAUGAAAACUGGUUAUUUAUGCAUUGGCAAGAGCUAUCCAAUCGUGGCGGCAUGGAAAUCAAAUAUUCCACAGCUAUGAAUUUUUCCUAUCUCAUACGUAAAGGCAUAAUGGAGAAUUUAAGUUUGGUGCAUGAGAUAUCGUCCAAAGCUGAGUUUGAAGCCAAUGAGUAUAGGCGACAAUUGGAAGAGGAAGAACGUCGUAAGGAGCAGGAACUGCAAGAGUUGAUUAUGCGUAAAGCUUUGAGAAAAUGUCGUAGGGAUAUACUGAUUGAUGAAGAAGUGAUUGGAAAUAAAGAACCGGAGAAACGCAUUAGUUCGAAUUGAAUGAAACGCACGCGUAUCAGGAAGUUGCUUAACAUAUGUAUGUAUGUAUUUUAUAUUCAGUUUUGUAAGAAUGUUUUCUUCGAACUUUUAUUUGAUAAUAAAAAGACCUUUGUCGAAUAAAAUAUUCAA